CCGCAUUCUCUGCCCCCCCCCAGCAUGCAGCGGGCAAUAGAAGCCGUACAGACCUUCCGGCCGGCAGUUUGUGCCCCUCUGCCCCCAUUCAAACUGGAUGUGAGUCGGGAAAUGAAGCUGCUCACGGACCUGAACUUUGUGAGAGCGCCAGAUGCCCCGGUCAUAGAUACCCAGCGCACCUACGCAUACGACCACAUAUUUCUAAGCUGGCGAUUGCCCCAGGAUUCUGCCCCCGCCUGGCACUACACCGUGGAAUUCCGUAAGACGGAUCCCAAGCACAAGGGCCUCAAACUGUGGCAAAGGCAGGAGGAGAUCUGGGCGCUCAGCACGGUGUUAGAGGCCCCCGACACCGACAGCGUCUACGUACUGAGAGUGAAGGGCUACAACAAGGCCGGCUACGGGGAGUACAGCGAGGAUAUCUACCUGCACACCCCCCCUGCCCAGGUCUUGAACUUCUUCUUGGACAGCAGCUGUGGUUUCCCUCGUGACCGGCUGGUGGUAAGUAAGGACCGGCGGGCAGUACGCAGCGUGCCCGGAGUACCCAUGCUCUUUGCGGCCGAGAGACUGAUGACCAGUUGCCACGUGUCCAUGGAGCUGGUUCUAGGAGAUGUGGCCAUCACACAAGGACGCUACUACUGGGAAUGUUCGGUGGACCCCAGCUCCUACGUGCUGAAGGUUGGUGUGGGGCAGGAGAGUAAACUGCAGGAGCUGUUCCAGAUGCCCCAAGAUGUGGCCAGCCCCAGGUACGAUCCCGACAGCGGGCACGAUUCCGGGGCAGAAGAUGCCGCCCUCGACAUGUCUCCGGCCUUCGCCUUCCUGACGAUCGGAAUGGGGAAGAUCCUCCAGCCUCACGGUUCCCCCCCCAACUCUAGGGAUCCCACCGGUUGCACCAUCCCGUUGCCCCCGCGACUCGGAGUCUAUUUGGACUAUGAGAAGGGCCGCGUUGGCUUCUAUGACGCCGUGUCUCACCGUAGCCUAUGGGAAGGCAGCGUAGACUGCUCCGGCCCCGUAUGCCCCGCCUUCUGCUUUAUUGGGGGAGGGGCCCUUCAGCUGCAGGAGCUGGUGUCAAUCAAACAUGAACGGAAAGUGACGAUUGGUGGGUUCACUAAAUCAGAGUGACCCUCACUGGGGCAGACUCCAGACCGUUACUUGCCCCAGCCUGUGGGGCGCACAUCAUGCUGAACAGAGGAGCCACAAGGCAAAGACGGGGAAUCUAGUGGCCACGUGGCUAAUGCCAGACUGAGUGACUGAGGCGGCAGUGGGACUUGCCCUCUGCCCGAUGUAUGAAACUUUAUUAUCUGUGCCAACCAGUAGCACCUUCUCAGGCCUGUGCCAGUCUCACCCCUCCCUCCAUCUCUGUGCCACCAUGUCUGGGCUGGACCCACUGCCUGCUGUGCCCCCCUGCCAACUCCUCUGUGCCCCCCCGCCAACUCCUCUGAUCCCCCCUGCCAACUCCUCUGUGCCCCCUGCCAACUCCUCUGUGCCCCCUGCCAACUCCUCUGUGCCCCCCUGCCAACUCCUCUGUGCCCCCUGCCAACUCCUCUGUGCCCCCCCGCCAACUCCUCUGUGCCCCCCCGCCAACUCCUUUUUGCCCCCCCUACCAACUCCUCUGUGCCACCUGCCAACUCCUCUCUGCCCCCCCGCCAACUCCUUUGUUCCCCCCCCUGCCCAACUCCUCUGUGCCACCUGCCAACUCCUCUGUGCCCCCGCCAACUCCUUUUUGCCCCCCCUACCAACUCCUCUGUGCCCCCUGCCAACUUGUCUGUGCCCCCCUGCAACUCCUCUGUGCCCCCCCUGCCAACUCCUCUGUGCCCCCCUGCCAACUCCUCUGUGCCCCCCGCCAACUCCUUUUUGCCCCCCCUACCAACUCCUCUGUGCCCCCUGCCAACUCCUCUGUGCCCCCACCAACUCCUCUGUGCCCCCCCACCAACUCCUCUGUGCCCUGCUAACCACCCUGUGCCCCAAUAUCUGUAUCCCCUCUGUGCCCCACUAACCACCCUGUGCCCCAAUAUCUGUAUCCCCUCUG